AUCCACGCAUCACCCGUCACCCAAGUGCCCAGGCCCCGAGAGGAGCGAGCAGACAAAGAGAAAAAAAAAAGAAAAAAAAGAAAGAGAAGCGCCGGCGCCCGGCAGGGCCAGUGCAUAUACACACGCGACGCCAGUGGCCGAUCCACCACCAGCUCGAUCCGGGGGUGGCAGGUUGGGGAGGAGGCGAAAGGCGUCGGGGAGCCGGAGCCCAAGCCAUCUAUUCCGAUCCGACUUGGAGCCUUGGAGGGGAGGGGUCGCGAGUUGUACAGGCGCCGGAGACCUCGUGGGGAGGCGGCGCGGAGGGGGAGAGGAGAUCACGCAAGUUUGUUGCGCUCGAAAAGAACAGAAAAGGAACAGGGAGGCGGCCGGAUCAGGAGGUGAGUCCCGGACCGGAACGCCGGGGGCGGCAAGCGGGCGGGCGGGCGACGCAACUGCCCAGGUCUGACGGCGGCGAUGGCGGCGGACGGGAAUGCAGGAAGUGCAUUGCCUGGCGGCGGCGUACCAUCGGCGUUGUGGUGCCGGCAGAGGAGGACUGCGGCGGCGGCCAUGGGCGGGUACGAGCUCGUCAGGAGCGACGACGCGGCGGGCGCAGCCCUGGGCCCCGAUCUCGAGUCCGGCGCCGGCGGCACCACCAGCAAGGCCGCGCCCCCGUCGCCCGCCGCGCGGCAGCCGCGGCUCGUCUCCCUCGACGUCUUCCGCGGGAUCACCGUCCUGCUUAUGAUCAUUGUUGAUGAUGCGGGAGGCUUCAUCCCAGCACUGAAUCACUCUCCUUGGGAUGGUGUAACAAUAGCUGAUUUCGUCAUGCCUUUCUUUCUUUUCAUAGUUGGAGUCUCACUAACACUAGCGUACAAGCGUGUGCCAGACAAAUUGGAGGCAACUAAGAAGGCGGUACUUAGAGCCCUCAAGUUAUACUGCCUUGGUCUUGUUCUCCAAGGUGGAUUUUUUCAUGGUGUUCACAGUCUCACUUUCGGUGUUGAUCUGGCAAAAAUACGGUUGAUGGGCAUACUUCAGAGGAUUGCGAUAGCCUACCUUCUGGCUGCAAUAUGUGAGAUCUGGCUCAAGAGAGAUGAUGAUGUAGAUUCUGGACUUGAUUUGCUCAGAAGAUACCGCUACCAAUUAUUUGUAGGAUUGGUCCUCUCUUUCACGUAUACUGUUCUUUUAUACGGAAUAUAUGUUCCAGACUGGGAGUAUCAGAUUUCAGGUCCUGGUUCCAUAGAGAAGUCAUUCUCUGUGAAAUGUGGAGUCAGAGGAGAUACUGGACCAGCUUGCAAUGCCGUCGGAAUGGUUGACCGUACAAUCUUAGGGAUCGAUCAUCUCUACAGACGGCCUGUUUAUGCGCGUACAAAGGAAUGCAGUAUAAAUUAUCCAGAGAAUGGACCGCUUCCACCUGAUGCUCCAUCAUGGUGCCAGGCGCCAUUUGAUCCUGAAGGCCUUCUCAGCUCUGUCAUGGCAAUUGUCACUUGCUUGAUUGGUCUGCAAUUUGGGCAUAUAAUUAUCCAUUUUGAGAAACACCGGGGAAGAAUCACCAAUUGGCUGAUCCCUUCCUUCAGCAUGUUAGCAGUAGCCUUCUUAAUGGACUUUGUUGGAAUGCGAAUGAAUAAACCACUAUACACAAUAAGCUAUACUUUGGGUACUGCUGGUGCUGCGGGGCUCCUUUUUGCUGGAAUUUACACUCUGGUGGACGUGUACGGGUUUAGAAGACCAACCAUUACGAUGGAGUGGAUGGGGAAGCAUGCCCUGAUGAUAUAUGUGUUGGUGGCAUGCAACAUCCUGCCCAUGUUCAUUCGUGGCUUCUACUGGAGGGACCCCAACAACAGCCUUCUGAAGUUCAUCGGUGUCGGGGCGUGAAGCGAUGAUCUUCUACACGUUGGUCUAAAACGGGCUAGGGCCACAUACGUUGGUAUAUAGAUAUUAGGCCUAAACGACAGUGAGAGAAUGCAGAAGUAGGCGGUCAGGCCCAAGUUUUGCUGUGCAGCUAUAACAUGAUGGUCAUCAGCUCAUCAGUCAUGAGCUGCCUAUUCCAUCACCACUGCCGGGCUGGCUGUUGCCACCAUCUCCCUGAGCUCUUUGUAUAUGGCGGAGCUGCUCAUGUAUAUGAUAAUUGAUAACCUACACCGGGAUUCAGAUGAAAUAUACUAUAGAUUCCAACAAGUUCUCAAGGAAAACUUCGACCUUUGUUUUUGGAAGCU